CUCACUUUUACUCUCAGAAACUAACAACACACAAAUUCGUAAGACGUCCUGCUCUCUUACAGUUUCUCCACUGCUCUGUCUCUCUGUCUCUCAUCUAGGGUUUCUCUGAGGUACGCUUUACUCUUCUAUGCUUCACUGUAAGGGAAGUCUAACGCGCCACUUCUCAUCUUCUAGGUUUUAGAAGCUGUUCCAUUCUCGUAUUAAAUUUUUCUACAAUGGUUUCAGGCUUAAGAAAGAGUGGCGAUUUCUUCUUGGAUUUUGAUGAUAUUCUCUUCUUAAUUCUGCAACUUCCAUGGAUUGAAGGAAGCGUGUUUUGUUUGGUUGGGGAUCAAAGCAACCAGAGGUCAUUUGGAACAGAAAUCUCGGGUUUGGUUUUGAAAUUCAAAUUUAUUGAGCUUUCCUUUUCGAUUCUUGAGGCAGAGUUCUGACUGAGGCUCUGGAAAAUAGAUGACUUCUGAUUGAGCUUGUGUAAAAUAGAUGACAAUGGAUUCGCGUGCUAGGGGGUUUUCGGGUUCCACUCAUGGAAUGGGAUUGGCAAAUCAAUCUUCUUCGGUUCAUUCUAAUCAAAACCUUAUUUCUGGACCCAGAUUGGAAAAUCCCUUUCUAGAUCACAAGCCUAGGGGGUUUCAUUAUCUUCAACCAGAUCAGGCACCGAGUUAUAUAGCCCCGAGCUUGGAUGAGGCCCAGGGGGAGGAUUCCCCCGAGGACUGUGACUUUUCCGAUGCUGUUUUGGGAUUCAUAAGUCAGAUACUAAUGGAAGAAGGCGUGGAGGACAAGACUUGCAUGCUUCAGGAUUCUUUGGAACUUCAAGCUGCUGAGAAACCCUUCUAUGAGUUGCUUGGGAAAAAAUACCCCCCUUCCCCGCUUCAUAGAACAAAUGAUACCAAUGGAAAUAGGGAGAGCCCAGAUGAUGAUCGCGAUGUAUAUCAUGGUAAUUAUGCCAGCAGUACUAAUAGUAGUAGCUGUUUUGGUGAUAAUUCCUUGAUUCAAAAUCACGGAGAAUAUACCUCCCAAUUACAGAACUCGUAUAGAAAUUCAAAUGGUAUGAUCAGUAGUGUGGAUGGAUUUGUAGAUUUUCCCAGUAGUACUCUUCAGGUGCCUGAUUCAAAUAGUGAGAAUCAUUCUGUUUGGCAAUUCAGGAAAGGGUUUGAAGAGGCUAGUAAGUUUCUUCCUCCCAGAAGUGAGUUUUUUUUAAACUUGGAGGCAAAUGAGUUGUUAUUACAGAAGCCAAAGGCAGUGAGUAGCAAGGAGGAGGUCAAGGUGGAGAUGGAGGAGGGGGAGUACUCACCGACUGGGUCAAGAGGAAAGAAGCAUCCUCAUGGAGGGGAGGACAAUAAUACAGAAGAUGAGAGGAGUAGUAAGCUAGCUGCUGUGUAUGUUGAAUCAACUCUACGGUCUAAGAUGUUUGAUAUGGUGUUGUUGUGUAGUGUAGGGGAAGGUAAGGCCAAGUUGACAGCCCUUCAGGAGACAUUGCAGAACGGGAAAAGCAAAAAUGUACAGCAAAAUGGAAUAAGCAAAACUGUGCCUCGGAACAGGCAAUCGAAAGGGUCUAAUGGUGGAAGAAGAAGUGGUAAGAAACAAAGAGGCAACAAGGACGUGGUGGAUUUGAGAACUCUCCUUAUUCAUUGUUCCCAAGCCGUUGCAGCUGAUGACCAGAGGAGUGCAAAUGAAAUGCUAAAGCAGAUCAGGCAGCACUCUUCUCCUUUUGGGGAUGGAAAUCAAAGAUUGGCCCAUAUCUUUGCUGAUGGCCUUGAGGCACGAUUGGCUGGCACUGGUAGCCAGAUAUAUAAAGGUCUAGUUAAUAAAAGAACACCUGCUGCUGAUGUCUUGAAUGCUUACCAUCUAUACCUUGCCGCAUGCCCGUUUAGGAAGAUUUCCAAUUUUAUAUCAAAUAAGACGAUAAGGAAUGAAGCCGUGGAUACAACAUGUCUCCAUGUCAUAGACUUUGGUAUCCUUUAUGGUUUCCAAUGGCCCACCCUUAUUCAGCGGCUCUCAUGGAGACCUGGUGGGCCCCCAAAGCUUCGGAUUACUGGAAUAGAUUAUCCCCAACCUGGAUUUCGGCCAGCAGAGCGAGUUGAGGAAACUGGACGUCGCUUGGCAACUUAUGCUGAGAGUUUCAAUGUGCCAUUUGAGUAUCAUGCCAUAGCAAAGAAAUGGGAAACCAUUCGAAUUGAGGAACUUAAAAUUAACAAGGAUGAGUUCAUUGUUGUAAACUGCUUGUAUCGAGGUAAGAACUUGCAUGAUGAAUCCGUGUCAGUUGACAGUUCAAGAGAUAUCUUCCUCAAUUUGGUGAGGAAGAUCAAUCCAGAUAUUUUCGUCCAUGGGGUUGUUAAUGGUGCAUUCAAUGCCCCCUUUUUCGUUACGCGGUUUCGAGAGGCAUUGUUUCACUAUUCUGCACUGUUUGAUAUGCUCGAAACUGUUGUACCUCACGAGGAUCGUGAAAGGAUGCUGCUUGAGAAAGAAAUCUUUGGUAGGGAGGCUUUGAAUGUCAUAGCAUGUGAAGGCUGGGAGAGAGUGGAGAGGCCCGAGACAUACAAGCAAUGGCAAGUCCGAAACCUAAGGGCUGGGUUUGCCCAGCUGCCUUUUGACCGGGAGCUUGUGGAGAUGGCAAUGGAUAAGGUGAGGUCCAGCUACCACAAGGAUUUCGUCAUUGAUGAAGAUAGUCGGUGGCUGUUGCAAGGAUGGAAGGGGCGAACCACCUAUGCCCUUUCUUGUUGGAAACCGGCUUAGUGAACUUGACAGGCACACUUACUAAUUGGCCUUCCUCUCGUCUCCUUGGCAUUUGAAACUGGUGAUUGAGCUCCCAAGGCAAUACUGCUAGUUGAUUCUUUUUUGUUUUACCAAUAUGCCUUUUGCAGUUGCUGUCAUCUGUGAUUUAUCUGCUUACUUUAUAAUUGAGUAAUUGGUAACCUGGCAGUUAUAUGUGGUCAGACUGGAGAGAUGGUUGUUGGGUAAAGCAGGGGUAUGCAGUCACUUGUAGAAAGACUUGCAGAUUUUAGUUAUAGCCCUUUGUCACCACAAAUGCUGUAUUUUAACAAAGCUUCCUGAGUCUGUCCAAUCGGUUAUUGAAUGUUGUCUAAUGCACAUAGUCAACUUCACAUUAACAUGUAAGGGAUGAAACUCAUGCAACAGGGUUAUUAAUGAAAUAAUAGUUUAUUUUCCCCUGGGGAGGGGGCUCUUGUUUGCUGCUGAUA